UCUGAAGAUUGAGAGGGGUCAGAGAGGCGGAGAGGAGAGGAGAGGAGAGUGGGGGGAGAGAGAGAGAGAGCGAGAGAUGUACCUGAAGAAGGCGUUUUGGAGCGACGCUCUGAACUCGGAAUCGCAGACUCAGUCACCGUCGGCAGUCGGAGAUCUGGUGAAGUCGCUUGAUAAGCAGAGGGUGUACAGAGAAGUCACGCUUGCACUCCGGACCGGACUCAGGGACGCCCGUACCGAGUUCUCCUUCCUCCGGGUCCGCGGGCUUCGCAGCAUCCUCAAGUUCCUCCGAUCCGUCGCCCACUCUGACUCCACCAUCAAUCUCUUCUGCCACAGUCAAUCCAUUCCCGAUCUCCAAGUUGUUCCAGUUCUGUUUCAACAUUCAUUAAAAGAGCUAGAGGAGCAGAAGGUAGCAAAUUUGGAUCAUAUAUUUGGCACUGAACCUAUAAAAAUAGUUACUCCUUCAACAGAUUCUGAAGUGGCACUUGCACUUCGAGUUUUGGAAGGAUGUUGUUUGCUCCACAGAGAGAGCACGGUGCUGGCUCAUCAACACAAGGCAAUCCCGGUAUUGAUGAAUAUAUUAUCAACUCAAGGAGUACUUGAGCAAGGUGCAUGCUUGGAUGCUUUAAUCUCAAUAAUGUUGGAUUCAUCAGCCAACCAAAUGGAUUUUGAGGAAUGCAAUGGGAUUGAGGAAGUUGCAGUACUCAUAAGAGACAAGCAAGUAGAUGAGAAUUUGAGGCUAAAAUGUGGGGAAUUUUUGUUGCUACUUAUUGGGCAUGUAAAUGGGCGGGAAAUACCUCCAAUGGCAACAGUACAUGAUGAUAUCAGGCGGCUUUUGGGUGAGAAAUCUGCCUCUUUGAUUUGGGCAGCUAGUCAAUUUGGCUCAACCCUUGAUCCAGAUCAGAGACUCAUGGCUCUACACAUCCAAGCUCGCAGAGUGCUUGAGUCACUUGACCUUUACUGAACCAAAUCAUAGGAUUUUGUCGGUUGAGCACUGCUAUUUACCCUCACAGGCAAUUCCUAGUUUGGAUGAUAUAUAAUCCUGGAGGUGCCACAUUAGCUCCUGUUGGUUCUUUUUCUUGUGAGUCGGAGUUAUUGGGAAACAAUGAAUUAGAAAUCUAGAUAGGAGAGAGAUUGUAUGAUUUUGUGAAUUUGUACAAAUACAAGAGAGAUCUUUCUGCUAAUCCUGUUAAUUGCAUGCAUGUUCUAA